UGCGCAUGCGCAGUGCAUUCCAGACUUAACGGGGCUUGGAACUCCUCAUCGUCUCUCUCAUAGGCGCCUAAUCUGAUCAAAACAACAACAAACAUCCGGACCCAACCACCCAGAACCGCGAUCUGUUAACCGGGACUGCAGUGCAACCGGAGUCUGGAGCGGUCUGUCCGUCCGAGGACAAUGAGCCAAAACGGAAGGAAGCAGUCGCCUGAGAUGCUAACAGCCGAGUCACCGAGCUGCGGUGAAGCCUCAAACGAUUUAACGGACAUCUGAAGAAAAUCCAUCCAGAUGUUGGUCUAGAACCGCUUCUCAGGACCAUCCUGGUGUCCCCAAAGGUGAUGUCUCACCUGUCAGACUGAACCCAGGGUUUACGUUGGUAAAAUCUGGAGGAUUUCUGCAUAGAGUCACACAUCUGGAAGAUAUCCGAAAAACACAUCUGGGGAGAAAACGGAGACCGAUGCAAGUAUUCUAGAGCCAAAAUAUAACAUCUGGGCUUAAUUCUGAAGACUUCCUGGACAAGAGACAAUAUCUGAAGCUUCAAUGUAACAAGAACCAAAACAACAUGGCGUGCCACACAUGGACCCGUCUCCCUGUCCCAGUCCCAGUUCUGGUACUGGUUCAGAUUGUGAUCCAGGCCUGCCCCGUGUCGGCGGCCCGCUCUGACAGGAACUUCUCAGAGGAGUUUGUGGAUGCCACAGUGAAUGUCACGGUGAUGGACACACGUGGAAAUGUUGUCCACAUGAUGAGUAGCGAUGAUGGGACAUAUGGAGAGAACUCUCCUAAAGUGGACACUAGAGGCGCCAUCAUAGCUCCUGCCCCGCAUCACGGAGUGGUGGACCGGCAGGGCUGCGAUCCUAACACUCGAUUCCUGGUCCCUCCCCGGACUGUCCACUGGGUGGCGUUGCUGCAGAGAGGAAACUGCACCUUCAGAGAGAAGAUCUUGAAGGCUGCUGCUUACAAUGCCACUGCUGUCCUGAUCUACAACAACUCCACUGACAAGACCGUCAAAAUGGGCCAUGAAGGUACCGGUGACAUUGUGGCCGUGAUGAUCACUGAGGUCUACGGUAAAGAGAUCCUGGCUCACCUGGACCGGAAUCUGACACUUGUGGUCUCUGUGGUGGUGGGUCAACGUGGUUCUACUAAGAACAUCAAUCGUGGUUCACUGGUCUUCGUCUCCAUCUCCUUCAUUGUCCUCAUGAUCAUCUCAUCAGCUUGGCUCAUCUUCUACUUCAUCCAGAAGAUCCGUUACAGCAGCUCUCGUGACCGAAGCCAGCGGCGUCUUGGCGAUGCAGCAAAAACAGCUAUUGGGAAGUUAACAACGAGGACGGUAAAGAAAGGAGACAAGGAAAUUGAUCCAGACUUCACCCACUGUGCCGUGUGUAUAGAAGCGUACCAGCUGAACGAUGUGGUCCGAAUCCUGCCCUGCAAACACGUCUUCCAUAAGGUGUGUGUGGACCCAUGGUUGAACGAACACUGUACCUGUCCCAUGUGCAAACUUAACAUCCUCAAAGCUCUCGGCAUCAUGACUAGUCUCCCCUGCGUGGACAGCGUGGUGUUGGAUGUAGAGCGUCUGGGUGUCGUUCAGCCAUCCAGCAGCCAGAGGGCGCCACUGACAGACAGUAACCAGCCGUCCAUCAGCUUAGAGCCUCUCAGGCCCCCCCAUCCUGAGGCCACACCCAGAACACCUGCUGACAUCACUGUUACCAUUACCAGUGGGGGUCACAUCUUCAACAGGCGCUCGAUGUCUCCUCGUAACAUCAUCUGUGAGAUGGAGCUACCAGACAUCCAGGCCUCUCUUGAUCUCUAUGAUGACAAUAAGUCUUGAGACUGGUCGUCUUGGUUACAACCACACAUCACAACACUGUUCUACCUGCUGAUGGAUGGACACAGGAAGUCCUCACACAGUGUUUUUGUUGGGAUGUGGGGUUGUUUUGGGGUGGGCGUGGUCUGAUAAGUCAACGUUCUGGAUGUUCUGGAUAACAGCUCCAUUCAAAACUCUACUGAAGCUUUUACAAUGUUCCUGGGCUCAUGUGAACUUCCUGGAAUUGCUUCUUAUUGUAAACUUCCGAAUGAACUAAAAAGGGGUAUGGAAGUUCCUGGAAAACAUUUAUGCUCUCAGAGAUCUGUUGGUACCUACAAAGAUUCCUUUUUUCAUUUGUCUUUUUCUUCUUCAUAUUCACACUGUUGGACCAGAACUUAUGCAGCAAACACCCAAACCAGAACGAGUGCUGACCCAAAGAUUUUGAAGACAAAAAUGUUUCUGUCUUGUGUUUUAAUUUGGUCUGGACACUAGUAAGUUGACCUCCUUAUUGGCUGGUAACCAUGGCCCGAUACUGCCCCUGGACCUACUGCUGGCCCUGUUCCUGCCCCUUGUUUGUAUUUACUGACUAACCUUAUUCUUUCUCAUCACACGGGAUUCAAAAACCGGUUUGUACUUGAAUCUGGAUUCUCAGGAGGAACCUUAAAGAUGUUAACUCUUCUGUGCUUUUCUGUAGAACAAACAGACAUUAGAUGUAAAGGAAAGUCUGAAAUUCUAGGAAACCUGGUUGGGUUCUGGAACAUGUAGACCAUUAUGGGUUUUCUGACUUAGCAAGUAAACCCCAAAUAGCCCAGUUUAACCCUCACAGAAUAGCACUGGUUCUACGGCCUUUCCCUUCUUUGAUGUCUGGUGGCGUGGGGUCUGUGAGGUUUUUCUGGGUCUGGAUGAGUUUCUGUUCCCAUCUUGAAGAAGUAACCAGUAAAAUGUUUUUGUAGCUUGAUGAUUGGUUUCCAGGUUUCCUGAAGUGUAGGACUGCUCCUUUAACAUGUAAUAAUCUGAAUUAUUCAGCGUGUAACAAGAAUAAUAUUAAUAGUAAUAAUAUUAAUAAUAAUCAGCAUAUAAACAGCGUCUAUAAUCUCAGAAAUCAAUAUUAGCGCUAAGUGACCUGAAGAUGUCCUAAGGGACACUCGGCUGCUGUCCUUGUCUGUCUGUCCUCGUCUCUGUGUAAUGAUGAUGAUGAUGAUGAUGAUGAUGAUGAGGAAGUCCACUGUGUCAUUACUGCCACAACAAUGAUCAUUAAAGUGUUGGCUGCAUUUUGUUUCGCAGAU